GUAUUUUCGCACUGAGCGUUAGAAAGGGGAAAGCUAGCGUUUCAAACAUCACCGAGCAGGACUGUGAGCAUCUCCUCCAGACUGUGGGAAAAGCUCGCUAACUCUUUGCGCCACAGUUGACCUUCAGAUAGCACAGGUAUUGGUUUGACGGAGUGGACGUGGGACAGCUGCGGCGUGAAAAGGAGAUCUUUGGUCGUGAGGACAAACCGUCACUCAGCUACGAGGCCAGAUCAGAGCUUGGUGAGGCAUCCGAAUGUCUCGGGAGAAAUCAGGACUGAUCACGGGAGGUUGCAUUUCUCUAAUCCCAAUUGUCCUGCUUCGCCUAAGAUGCCCUAGGCGGGAGAAGGAAAUGUAAAUGGCUUCCAAAGUAAAAGAUGCUGUUGUUUGGUACCAGAAAAAGAUCGGAGCCUAUGACCAGCAGAUUUGGGAGAAAUCAGUGGAGCAAAGAGAAAUAAAGUUUAUUUCUCUGGGCUUGAGGAACAAGCCAAAGAAGACUGGACAUCUCAAACCAGAUCUGAUAGAUGUGGAUUUAGUCAGAGGUUCAGCGUUUGCCAAGGCCAAGCCAGAGAGUCCGUGGACGUCCCUGACCAGGAAGGGCAUCGUCAGAGUCGUCUUCUUCCCGUUCUUCUACCGAUGGUGGAUUCAGGUCACCUCCAAAGGCAUUUUCCUUCUCCUGUUGGCUCUGUAUCUGCUGCAAGUGGCAGCAGCCGCCCUGUAUGUGUCCAUCUCUCAGCCUCAUGGGAUCCCAGUCACAGAGGUGUUCGGAGCCAUCUGGCUCAUGUUGCUGCUGGGAACCGUCCACUGUCAGAUCGUCUCCACCAGAACCCCCAAACCCACCUCCAGCAGCGGGGGGAAGAGACGCAGGAAGUUGAGGAAGGCAUCUCAGAUGGAGGUGCAUAGGGAAGGAGACGGGUCUAGCACUACCGAUAACACACAGGAGGGGGCGCCACACUCUCACUCAGCCAGCACCACAUACAGCCUGGGCGCUUUCUUCCAAGAUUUCUGGCAUGAUAUCUGUAAAGCUGGAUCUAAGAAGUCCAAGCUGUCCAUCGAUAAAUCGACAGAGACAGAUAACGGCUACGUGUCUCUGGAUGGUCGGGUGACCAACCGCAGCACCGAGGAGGGGCUUCAGCUGCCAGAGCAGAAAUGUGACCUACUGACCCGGCCAGACGAGGCGUGCUGGACCCCUCACAUCCAGCCCUCAUACUCUCACGCACCGCACAGCUCAGGGCUGCUCAUGGCAGGUGGCAAUAAGGAGCCUGCAUCUGAUGAAGCUUCUAGUGAGGAGGAUCCUGAAGCGUCCUACAGCGCCCUCCGCAGGGCAUCCGAGAGAAAGAACAGCGACGGUACACUCAGAAACCGCAAAAACACACAUCUUUACAAGAAACACUACGCUGUGGAGGAUGUUCCCAAAUCCGGCACCAGCUGCAGCUCCAGAUGUUCCAGCAUGAGAACCCAGGACUCUGAGAGCACUCGGCAUGAGUCGGAAACAGAGGACCUGAUGUGGGAGGACUUCCUGCACUGUGCAGAAUGCAGGUCGUCCUGCACCUCAGAGACAGAGGGAGAAGGAGGAGGGACAUCUGUAUGUCCUCCAUCUAAGAAGGAAUACAGGGACGACCCUUUCCAUCAGAGUCAUAUUCCCUGGCUGCACAGCUCCAACCCUGGCCUGGAGAGGGUGAGCGCCAUCGUUUGGGAGGGAAACGAGUGCAAGAAGGCCGACAUGUCCGUCCUAGAGAUCAGUGGAAUGAUCAUGAACAGAGUGAACCUCUACACUCCUGGUAUUGGCUACCAGGUGUUUGGGAACCUGGUCUCAGUCACACUCGGACUCACACCGUUUGUCUACAGGUUGAUCCAAUACUGCGACCUGGAUCAGUUCACCACGCUUUCAGCCAAUGAGAUACUCUCUGUUGUUUUGGGGGGAGGCUCUGAAUCUGAUGCCUUGGUGAUCACCAUGGUAACACUCAGCUUUCUGGUGCGUGUUUGCCUUAUAUGGCUCUUCUUCUUCCUGCUCAGCGUAGCAGAGAGGACCUACAAACAGAGGCUGCUGUUCGCCAAACUGUUUGGUCACCUGACGUCGGCCCGCAGAGCCAGGAAGUCUGAAGUCCCACAUUUUAGACUGAAGAAAGUUCAGAACAUUAAGAUGUGGCUCUCGCUGCGCUCCUACCUCAAGAGACGAGGUCCUCAGCGCUCAGUGGACGUCAUUGUGUCCUCUGCCUUCCUCCUCACUCUGUCAGUGGUCUUCAUCUGCUGUGCCCAGCUUCUCCACGUCCAUGAAACGUUCCUGGAGUAUCACUAUAACUGGGAGCUGGUGAUCUGGUGCACCAGUUUGUCUCUGUUCCUGCUCAGGUUUGUCACUCUGGGCUCAGAAACCAGCAAGAAGUACAGCAACACCUCCAUCCUGCUCACUGAACAGAUCAACCUCUAUCUAAAGAUGGAGAAGAAGCCGAACAAGAAGGAGGAGCUGACGCUGGUCAAUAAUGUUCUGAAACUGGCUACCAAGCUACUCAAGGAGCUGGACACUCCGUUCAGGUUGUACGGUUUGACCAUGAACCCUCUGCUCUACAACAUCACCCAGGUCGUCAUCCUGUCUGCUGUGUCAGGAGUCAUUUCUGACUUACUAGGAUUUAAUCUCAAGCUUUGGAAGAUCAAAUCAUGACAAUAAAGAGAAACUGCAUCUCAGUCUGGACAUAUCAGUUUCCUGACCUUCUAUGUUUCCACUUUGUGCAAUUCAGAUUAUUUAUUUACCCUCUCAGUGUUUCUACUUAAGUUUUGUUUUAAUUCUAGGUUGUACAACUUUUGUGUUCUGUAACACAAGACGAAGCUAUUUUUGCCUUCUGGAAAACACGUUAUGAACAUAAGUUAUGUUCUCAGCUGCACAUUACCUUCUUUUCUUUCUUUUUUUUUUUAACUCGAAGGCAAAACAUGAAGAGGGCAACACUGUAUCUAUCUAAUGCUGAUAAUGGUUGCAUAUCUGCAGCAAACAGUUUAAACCCCACAUUGUAGACAUUACAUUUCAUGAUGGCGAUAGCUCUGUCUGGUGUAGCUGAGAAAAUAGAUCCAUGACUUGUUCUCACCUGGCAGAACACGGCAGCACUUCAACAAACAAUCAUUGAUUAAAACCAGAUUGUUUCAGGCCUCAGCAGUAUUUACAGCAAUACAUGUGUAGGUAGAGAACCUCUCCUUAUAUAGCUUAGGACAAAUAAAAACUGAGUGUGUUCUAACAAGCAGCAAAACCUUCGUUUUGUGUAAUUUGUAGAUAAACUUCAGCAGUUUCAGUCUCCUGGGCACAUUGAGGUUCUUGAACAGAGAGUUAGUUACUUUUAAAGAUGCUGUUUUAUGUUGUUCAGUGUUGAUCAAAGGCAUUUUUAUAUACUUCACUCGAUUUCACAGAUCUCUCUGCCGUACAGCCGGUCUGAGACAACGCAUGUUAGUAACGUCUGUAUGCAAAUGAGAAAUAUGCACUUUAACAUCAGAUUUUAUGGGGUAGAAAGUUACAAAUGUUUUUGUGGUCACAUUUCUAUGUACCUCACUUGUGUUGGAAGUAAACGCUAGCUAGCACUUUUCUAUUUUGACAAUUCAAAUCAUUCUCUGAAGGAAAUCCUACGUGGUACGUAAAGUUGUGAUUAGGAUGCUGACAUAAAAGAAGCCUCAAAACAAGUUCGAGUUGUAAAGUUGCUAGCGUUAUCAUUUAUGUCUCGAGAGCAUUUGAGGAGGAAGACCAAAGUGCUUAUUUAAUUGUUUUUGUCUCUGCUGGGAAAAGAAUGUAUUUUUAGCGUUAUGCUUUAAAAUGUAUUUAUUUCCCUUCAGAAAUACUUUGAGUAUUGUUUGGUUUUUAUUGACAUUUGUAACGGCUGUUUAUUCUUGACAUUCUGAAAGCAGAGGCAUGAUUUACUGUUUUUAAAACAUGCUUGAUUUAUAUGAAAGUGACUAAAGGUAUCAGACUAUGUUGUAAUGCUGUUUCUCAGAAAGUCUGAAUAUUUUUAGCUUUUUUUGUGUGUCUGAGCUCUUCUUUUUUUUUUUUUUUAAGAAAAAUAAAAAAUAUUGAAUUUC